UACUUGAGGUUGCUAAAAAGGGAGGAUUUCCCAUGCCACUCAAGGAACUGCAAAUCGAAGCGUUACUUUGUGUCAUUGAAAAACGUGACAUUAUGGCUAUACUCCCAACAGGUUAUGGUAAAAGCCUGAUUUACCAGCUGGCACCACUUAUCCUUAAAGAUUAUUAUAAUCUACAGAAGUCUGUUUGCAUCGUGUUGACACCUUUGAACAGUAUUAUGCAAGAUCAGAUCAUUGCACUGCAAAAGAUUGGAGUACAAGCCUGUUGUGUGGACUAUAACUGUCAGGGUGGUCAAGCAUUGUUUGAUGAUGAUGAUGAUGAAGGGGGUGCUAAAUCAGAUGGAGAUGUAAUAUUAACGGUCCCUAUGUCCGAUAUUGCUGAUGGACAGUUCACAUUGGUGUAUUCUCCCCCUGAGGCGCUUUUAAGCACUGAUACGGGGAAAUCCUUGAUACAAAAUUUGGAGAAUAAAAAAAUAAUUUCGUGCAUAGCUGUAGACGAGGCACACAUGAUUCUGGAAUGGGGACAGCAGUUUCGACAAGACUUCAGCAGAAUAGGUUCUGAUCUCUUGGCAAGGUUUACUAACAUUCCUGUUCUCGUGUUCACUGCUACAGCUUCACCAGAUGCUCAAAAGAAGAUAUGCGCAAGUCUUCAACUUAAAACUGCAAAGAUAAUAGCAAUGAAUCCUGAUAGACCAAACAUUAAAUAUAUUAAAACUGAACAACCGUCUUCUUCAAACACACAAGACCAUCUGGAUGAGAUCCUUACUCCUAUGGCUGAACAGCUUAUCAAAGAAAAACAUCAAUAUCAACUUACUAUCAUGUACACGGACACAUAUGUAAUAAGCUAUGUCUAUGCUUUCUUUGAGAAAAAAUGGGUGACCUUCAGUAUGUGGGAGAUGCCGUGCCGGAGAACAGACUUUUUGCUCAGUACCACCAAACAUAUACAGAAAAAAUGAAACGACACAUAGUCAAAGAGCUAUGCAAAGAAAAUUCGAAGAUCAGACUCAUAUUUGCAACUGUAGCCCUUGGAAUGGGACUAAAUGCACCAAAUAUCAGAACUGUUAUUCAUUACAAGCCACCAACUUCCAUCGAAAAGUACUUCCAGGAAACUGGCCGGGCCGGAAGGGAUGGAUUACCAAGUACGGCAGUUAUGUAUUAUAACAAUACUGACAUACGAAGAAAUCGACCAGGAAUAGAGCGGCAAAUGAUACAAUAUUGCAAGAACAGUUCAAAAUGCAUGAGACUAUUAAUGCUGGAAUGUUUUGGAUAUUCAAAAAGUGAAAAUAUUGAUAACAACUUGUGUUGUAGCAUUUGUGAUAAGAAUCUCCAAACAACAGUUGCCUAAUACAAAACAAGAAUUAGCCUAUAUGAAAACUUUCACUAUAGAGAUACCAUUCACAUACCUCUAACAAGUCUUGCUGAACAUGAAAUAGUUCUUCGA